AUAUACAACAGUUUACAGAAAGUCGCUCAAGGUUUCAUAUAAUCGGUCAUUGAAUAGAAAGUGUCGGUUUGUUUGGUCCAUCAUAUGUUUUGUGUCAAUGGUAUUUUGAUUUGGGUUCUUUGUGAAGGAGAUCGAGUUCCAGAGUACGUUUAUCCGAACAGUUAUUAAAAAAGAUGUGCUUUUUGUCACAGGCAAAGUCUACCUUGAAGGCAUUAUUUGGAAAAAGUUAAAUUAAACCGUACAGUGCAACAGUUAGGCAAGCAUUAUGUUAAAGUGUUAUUUUAAUUUAAGUUUAUUUCGCAAGGAGUGAUUCUGAGCGCCCAGGAUGAGUUGGAUAGGAAAAAUCAGGAAAAUGUUCAAAUCCGGUGCCAAAAAUAGAACGGAAAUAUUCGACGACAGUUUAGAGACUUAUCAGGAAUACAAGGAACGAUGGAGGUCAAUUUAUGUGAUAUAUUUUACUAUGUUUUUGAUGUCUCUGGGGUUCAGUAUUGUAAUGACCGGUGUAUGGCCUUACCUGGAUAAGUUAGACCCAUCUGCCGGUAAAGAGUUCAUGGGUUUCAUAGUAGCCGCAAAUCCAUUUGCACAAAUGUUAUUUUCGCCCUUGGUUGGAUGGUGGACUAAUAAAUUGGGUUCUAUCAGAGGACCUCUCAUUGUUUCUUUGCUGUUAUUUUCUUUUGCCAGCGCCGUGUAUUCUUGCCUGGAGAUAUUCGACCACUAUGUCAAACACUGGAUGUUUUGGUGCCGAUUUUUAGUAGGUGUAAGUUCUGCUAACAUAGCAGCAUGCCGAUCAUACCUAUCAGCCGCUACAAAACAUUCAGAAAGAACCAAAGCUGUAUCGAUGAUCUCCCUAGCUCAAGUACUAGGUUUUGUCGUUGGACCUGCAGUCCAAUCAGCUGUAGUACCACUUGGAGAUGAAGGAGUCUGGAUUAUUCCACAGAAACUUCGUUUAAACAUGUAUACAGCUACUGGAUGGAUUAAUGUAUUAUUGGCUGUUUUAAACAUAUAUUUCUUCAUGCCACACGUGUUCAAAGAGCACAUGAUCUCUAUGAAAGAAGCCAAACAAAAACAGAAUUUGGAUGAAGAUAAAAACAGCUGGAAAGGACCAAAACCUGACUAUUUUGCUGCGUGGACUUUGAUAGUAGCGUUCUUUGUCAUGGUUUUCAAUUUUAUGUUGCUGGAGACGUUAGGUACUCCCUUAACAAUGGACCAGUUAGGCUGGUCCAAGAAACAAUCACUAUGGUACAUGGGCAUGGUUAUGUCCAUUGGUGCUCUAUGUUCCAUCAUAACCUUUGCUUCUGUUGCACCUUUGUCUAAAAGAUUUUCAGAAGUAAAGCUAAUGAUUUGGAUCGGAUUUUUAACAGUCCUUGUAUCAAAUUUGGCUUGUAUACCAUACAGUGGUGAUCCUCCUAAAAGAUACGAUGUAGAUUUUAAGUUAAACUUGACGAUUUUUUGUGAUCAACACUUGAAGAAUACUUCUCUGGACAAAGUUCUGGACCGUGAAGCCUUAAAUCAAGUGUUGCGAGGGUAUAACAGGUCUUUGGAACUGAAUUCUACAAUCCCUACAAAUGAGACUGCUAUUCGCCAAAUGACUCUGGACUGUGGAGAGGAUCUUUUGGGAUGUCCAUCCACCCAAGAAUGGUGCAGCUGGGUUCCAGCAAUGACGUAUUUCCAGUUCAUCUUUGGUUAUGUUCUCACAGUCCUAGGGUACCCUAUUGGUGUCACCCUAAUACAAACCUUAUUUUCUAAGGUUUUGGGAUCCAGACCACAGGGUGUGUGGAUGGGACUGCUGGUGGGUUCUGGAUGCUUUUCCAGAGUCAUGGGUCCAGUUUUCGUCACAUACAUCUACGAGGAAUUCGGAACAUUGUGGACUUUCAGUCUUUCAUCGUCAAUGAUGGCUGUUAUGCUCGUGUGGUUGUUGAAUUUUAGAAAAAGACUUGAACCACGCCAAUUAGGCAAAGAGGAGGAACAAGGUAAAGAAUUGAAGGUUUUAGUGAAAAAUGAACCAGAAAUAAAUGAACCGCUCGAAAAAAAUAAUAGUUGAUAAUUUUGGUGUUUUUUAUCAACCUAAAGUGUUUAUUUUAAUUAAUAAAUACAAGUUACGGUCUUAGAAUCUAUAUUUUUUCUGUAUAUAUUUUUUAUACAUGGUUUUUUUUACAAAUUCUACUUAUAAUUAUAGAGGUACCGUGUGAUCUAAUAAAAAAGGACGUCGUAGAAGAUGUUUAAAUCAUAUUUUAUUCUUAAGAACUUCAGUAAUUACUUAUUUUUUAGCCUAUUGUAACUUUGUUUUCUACUAGGUCACACUGUAUUUUUCUGUACUUAAAUUGGGUGAUAACAUUAGUUGUAUCUAUAGAUCGAAUAAAAUAAAUGUACCUGCAUAAAGAAAAAUAACCAAUACAAUUCAAACUGAACAAUAUAAAUAAUAAUAAUAACAAACCUUGUGAUAUUACUAAUAUACUAUUAUAUACAUAUUUUUAUAAUUUUUUCUUCUGAUUUGAAUAGAUAUUGUACAGAAAUUAUUUUUAUAUGUGUAUCGACUCCUGUAUCUAUCUGUUUUUUUAUUUGUCUAUGUAUAUGUCAUAAAAUAAAAUAUAUUUUGAAAUA